AUGAACCACGUCCCUCAAGUGUGUCAAGCCACCUACUCGGGCGUUCCGGUGUAUGAGUACUCUUUGCCAACGGUCGCAGUAAUGCGCCGCAAGCACGAUGGCUGGGUCAAUGCAACACACAUCCUUAAGGUGGCCAACUUUGAUAAGCCCCAGCGCACGCGUAUCCUUGAAAAAGAGGUCCAAAAAAACACCCACGAGAAGAUCCAGGGUGGAUAUGGACGUUACCAAGGUACAUGGGUCCCCAUUGAGAUUGCACGUCAGAUUGCUACCCAAUACCAUGUUUCUGAUGUUCUCGAACCUCUUUUUUCCUUCACUGAAAGUGAAAACUCUCCACCACCAUUCACCAAAAACGUUAUGGGCCCCAAGGGUGGACGAACAAGAGGCACGUCAAGCACUUCUGGAGGGUUUGGAGGCAAAGGCCGCAAGUCAAGGUCUGCUCCAGCACCGCAACAACAACAACAACCACCUCCUCCUCCUCCUCCUCCAGUUGUGGCUAGUACUACCUCGUCACGGCCACGGUCAGCUGCCACCUCGGAAGCUUCGUCCAGAGCCAACUCUGUAGCCUCAACUUCAAUGCCUGCAGUUGCAACUGCGUCUUCUUCGGUUGCUUCGUUGGUCAGUGCUGGCUCUGAAAAUGCUCCACCACCUGCCUCUGCAGCUUUGGCAGCAACUGCUUCUGCGGCAGCCAAUGCCGCGGCUGCGGCUGCAUCUCUGCUCCCCAUGAAGCGUGGCCGUGGCCGGCCCAAAGGUGUACCCAACAAACCCAAAAAUAGCCACCACUCAAAUAGCACGGCAGCUUCGUCGGCACCCUCAUCUAGCGCUGCGAGCUUGGCCUCACCGGCACAAAGCCAUGCAGCACAGGCGGCAGCAGCGGCAGCGGCAGCAGCCCUAGCUUCGGCCUCUGCUCAUCGCGCUGCGUCGUCUGAAUACCCUCCAUCCUCUAAAAAACAGAGAAUUGGCGACUCAUGGAUUCACUCCCCCAAAGACGCGUCGCAAACUCCUCUGCGCCAGGUGGACCCUGAGAAUUCGCUUUCGUCUAGGUCAGCAUCCCCUUCAGAUUUCUACUCGGAUGAUGACUCCUCGUCGCACCACCAUAGCCAUCAUCGGCACCUGCAAAACUCUGUGCUGGGCCGGCCCAGCCCUCGACACGACCCACGUGGGCCUCAGGAAAUUACCGACACGCCUAGCUUCUCGCAACAGCACCGGCAACAGAGCGUUGGCGAGACUUCGCUACGAUCACCAAGCACAAACAAUUUGCUAGGGAAUACUAGUAUUCAGCCAUCACCAGCCCCAGUGUCAGCCAACACGUCGAUGAGUGAUGCUGGAAUGGCUAACUCGCUUGUGUAUGGCAAUGAAGCUGCUGCAGCGCAAUAUUCGACGCGUUUGUUGGACUAUUUUAUUGCGCCAGACAGUGACGAGGUCCCCGAUUCGCUGGUGCACCCGCCUGAUGGAUUGGAUAUUAAUCAUGUGAUUGACGAUGAGGGCCAUACUGUUUUUCAUUGGGCAUGCUCCAUGGGUAAGCUCAAAAUUGUGGAGGCCCUUUUGCGGGCAGGUGCUAAUAAAAGUGCGGUGAAUCUUCAAGGCCAAACGCCAUUGAUGAGAUCCAUCAUGUUUACUAAUAACUUUGAGCUGCGGACGUUUUCCAAGAUUGUUGGAUUGUUAAUUGACACGAUCUUUUUGCAAGAUAAUUCGCAGCGCACGGUGCUGCAUCAUAUUGCGGACUCGACGCUAUAUAAAACAAAGCGGUCUGCAGCCAAGUAUUAUAAUGAGAUGAUUUUGGCCAAGCUUGCUGAACGUGAGACGCGUGAUAGCCUGGCUAACUUUAUCAAUAAGCAGGAUUCUGCUGGGGAUACUGCAUUGCACAUUGCUGCGCGUAACCGGUCGCGUAAGUGCGUAAGAGAACUUAAAACGUAUGGAGCUUCGACGACGAUUAUGAAUAGGAGUGGGCGCACACCUCAGGAUUAUAUUGAUGAGUAUGGUGUAAGUCGGAAAAAGCAGCAGCAACAGCAACAGCAGCAGCAGCAGCAGCAGCAACAGCAACAGCAACAGCAACAACAACCACAGUCACAGUCACAGCCACAGUCACAGCCACAGUCACAGCCACAGCCACUACCACAAUCACAACCUCAACCUCAACCUCAACCUCAACCUCAACCUCAACCUCAACCUCAACCUCAACCUCAACCUCAAUCACAACCUCAAACUCAACUUCAACAACAGGUGCAACAACAGGUGCAACAACAGGUGCAACAACCCCAACAAGUGGCUCCACCCGCUACAGCUGCAACCCCCCGGUUCUACUCUGGAACCAUGGGCCCUACAAGUACACCGUACCAAGACCGACCGGUGGAUGAAAGCACACCUGGGUUCCAUGGGUCAUCUAUUGCACGAAAUAACGGAGACUUGUCGUCUGUGCGGUCUUCGACAAACGGGCGAUUCAGCAUAAGUAGUACGCCUAUGGCUCCUCCACGGUACCAAGAUGUAUCUACGCCAGUGGGUGAUACUUCAAUGAGUGUAGCUGGAGGGCCAGGGAAUACGACAUUUGAUGGGCUUGGUCCGAUUUCGACGUCGUCGCCUGCAGAGCAUGUGGUGAAGAAAAGUUCUAAUGUGGGUAUCGAGGAAUAUAAGUUUAGCACGACUGCGCAGAGCGUUUUAGACAAGAGUGUGCCUGGGUUUCAAGCGGAGCUGCGGAAACUGGCCAAAGUGUACGAUGCCGAGCUUGAGAACAAGAAGAACGAUGCACAGCAAGUGCAGACGCUGUGCGAGAACAUUGAGAAGGAUAUUGCGGUGCAGGAGGUGUCUGUGCGGGCAGAGAUUGCACGUAUGGACGAUGGCGCUGGGAACGUUGUUGAGCGAGUAGAGGAGAGGCUGAAGCAGGUCAAGGCGACGGUAGAGAUGCGGGUUGUGCAGCUGGGGAAGCUUCUUGAACGGUCGCAGGCCCGGGAUUUGGCUGGGAUGGUUCAGCAAGAGGAAGCUCAUAGUGCUGGAGAGAUCCAUGCGGAGAUUGGAGGGGGUGGGAGCAUAGACGAAGAGCAGGUUGACUUAGUGCUGGAGCUUGUAGGGCUUCAACGGCGGCGGCAGCGGUAUGUGGCAGAGAUUGUGGGACUGUGGGCAUCAGCUGGAGUUGAGAUGAAGAUGAACAAGUACCGAAGAUUGAUUUCACUUUCGUGUGGAGUCAAAGCCGAGGAGAUCAACGAGGAGCUGUUGAGUGGGAUUGAGCAGGCGCUUGCCGAGUCGCAAGAAGAUGGGCGGUCAAGUUGA